AUGACCAGUAGUUUUGCGAAGAGAUUGAAAUUACCGAAUACCCCAAACUUGCUAAAGGUGCAAGGUAUUGGCAAUAGCAGCGUAAUGUCUACAAAAUUCGUGAACGCCAUAAUCCAACCCAGAGCAACAUCGAUAUCCUCGUACAAGGAAAGUAUGCGAUUCUACAUAUUGCCUAGGAUUACACAACCUUUACCAUUGAAGCGAAUUCAAGUCGAUUGGUUGAACGCUCCAUCGCAAUUGAUGUUAGCAGAUCCAAAGUUCUGGGAGCCUGGUCAAAUUGACAUGAUAAUCGGCGCAGAAUUCUAUUUCGAUCUUCUGUUGAACGGAAAGCAGAAACUUCAUGAAAAUGGUCCAACACUGCAGGAAACGGUGUUCGGAUGGAUAGUGUCUGGAAAGGUUUCUUGUUUGCCAAGUAGUAUCCCUUCGACAUCCAGCUAUGUUAGCUCUACACUCGAUCUCCACGAUAUGAUAGCCAAGUUUUGGGAAUUAGAAACGUGUGGUUUAAACAGAACUACCUCCAUGGAAGAAACGGCUUGCGAAGAGCUUUUCACUAGAACUACAUUUCGCGACGAAAAUGGUAUAUUCGUAGUGACAUUGCCCAAGAAAAUGGAAGUAAUCGAGCAGUUAGGAGAUUCUCGUAAUAUUGCAAUGAAACGGUAUCAUGGACUGGAGAAGCGGUUUAGUAUUAACCCCGAUCUGAAAGCGAUGUAUACAGAAUUCAUUCAUGAAUACAUUCUAAUGGGCCAUAUGAUGGAAAUAAACGAUCGUGAAAUUGUAUCGGAGCCAGUUUAUUAUAUGCCACAUCAUGCUGUACUAAGACCCGACAGUAUGACCACGAAACUUCGUGUCGUCUUCAACGCAUCAUGCAGCACGUCCACCGGAAUAUCACUCAAUGAUGCUUUGAUGGUCGGGCCAGUCAUCCAAAACGAUCUUCUAUCCAUAAUUCUAAGGUUUCGUCAUCACCGCGUGGCUGUGAUCGCAGACGUAGCAAAGAUGUAUAGAAUGGUUAAAGUACAGGAAACAGAUCAACAUCUUCAACGAAUACUAUGGAGAGAUACGCCAGGAGAACCAAUAAAAACGUUUGAAUUGGUCACCGUUACUUAUGGGACUGCUAGCGCUCCGUAUUUAGCUACGAGAUGUUUAAAAAAGCUUGGAGAAGAUAGUGUAACGACACAUCCGAUAGCAGCCCGAAUAGUUCAAGAAGAUUUUUAUGUUGAUGACUUACUGUCUGGAACCAAUAGCACUGCUGAAGCAAAAGAGUUAGUGAAUGAGGUCAUACAAUUAACCGAUACCGCCGGGUUUACUUUGAGAAAGUGGAACUCCAAUUCUGAAAGUGUAAUGCGAAGCAUUCCAAGACAUCUGCGCGAUGAACGAUCCGUGUUAGAGAUAGAGUCAUCAACCUCGGCGGUAAAGACUUUGGGGCUCCGAUGGGAUACCAACACCGAUGAAUUCAACUUUACUUUUCCGGAAUGGAAAUCAAGCUCAGUGGCAAUAACGAAGCGCAAUGUUCAUUCAGACGCAGCGCGCUUAUUCGACCCGCUAGGAUUGGUGGGUCCAGUAGUGGUGCAAGCAAAAAUCUUUAUUCAGAAAUUAUGGUUGCUGAAGUGUGACUGGGAUGAAUCACUGGAUGAAUCUCUGCAGAACAUGUGGAAGGAGUACAAACAAAAUUUGUUAGGGUUGGAAACUCUAGCCAUUCCUCGCUGGAUUGGCUUUAGUCAGGAUUGUUUAUCAGUUCAGCUACAUGGAUUUUGUGACGCAUCAGAAGCCGCGUAUGGCGCAUGCCUCUAUCUGCGUUGCGUCGCGUCUGAUGGUACGACAUCCGUUCGGCUAAUCACUUCGAAGUCUCGGAUAGCUCCCUUAGAAAAUCUAAAGCAAAAAAAAAAAAAGAGCAUCCCGCGACUUGAACUGUCAUCGGCUCUCUUACUGAGUCACUUGUUCGAGAAAUACAAUCAAGUUCAUCCUGGACUUAAUGCCUUUUUCUGGACGGAUUCAAUGAUAGUAAUGCACUGGUUGAAAGCGUCACCUUCUCGUUGGCAUAUCUUCGUAGCCAAUCGAGUAUCUGAGAUACAACACCUUACUAAGGAUGGAACAUGGGGUCACGUAGAAGGAACUGAGAAUCCCGCUGAUCUCAUAUCGCGCGGAAUGUUACCGGCUUUGCUUCACUACCAAACACUUUGGUUCGAAGGUCCGCCUUGGCUGUCACAAGACCAGAAAUUUUGGCGACAAUCAGAGGACGGCAUCAAGAAAGAGCUCAAUAUAUCAUUGUUAGAAGAACGUUCUUCAACGGCAUUUCCGGUACAAAUCAUAGCUCCCAGUGAGAUUUUCGAGCUGCGUUCUUCAUUUUCGGAGCUAGUGCGGCUAGUGGCAUAUUUGCUUCGAUUUCAGUACAACGCUCAGUGUAACAAUCGACAGUCGCGAAGAAUUGGGAUGCUUUCUCUCGAAGAGAAAGAGUAUGCAACGUUAGUAUUGGUACGAAUUUCACAACAAGAGUGUUUUCCAACGGAACUACAAGAUCUCGCAAAACAAGGACAUGUGAGGGACUCGUCUUCAAUAUUAUCGCUUAAUCCUCGGUUGUGUGACGGCGUGAUGCGAGUCGGCGGCCGGCUUGCUAAAGCAGAUGUAUCGUCAGAUCGAAAGCAUCCUUACAUUUUGCAUCACAAUCAUCCGCUAGCGACGAUGGUCGUGCGAGACUACCACCAAAGAUUAUUUCAAGCUGGGCAGCAAUUGUUGAUCUCUUCCGUGAGGGGAAAGUUCUGA